CUCUUUUUUUUCUCUCUCUCUCUCUCUCUCUCUCUCUCGCUACGCGGUGCUUCGCUAUGCCAUUAAACCCGAGCUGGUUACAACCCCCUUUCGGCCCGGCAUGACUUCAAAGACUGAACAGGACAUCAGCCAAAUGUUUGUAGGGCAUUGGCAAACGCGGCGAAGAAUGCCACUCAGCCAAGAAUACGUGUCUCUUUUUUUCUUUCUCCUGUGGUAAAAGAUCGACGCCUGCCCUUCGAUAAGAUGGCUAGAAUCCCGCCCUUCCGUCUGCCUCUGAUCCGGAUGAUCUCCUCCUACGAUUUCUUUUGCACUCCGCAUAUCCACACGUCAGUCGCCCAACAUUAUUUUUCCUGUUAGGCGUGGCCUGUCACAAAACUCUUUUUUUAUGGCUUGACACCAGCCAACGUUACAUUUUAUAUGUAUACCUUGCGGGUGCCACCUCCCACAGGAACUGUCCUCCCUUCAAAGUCUUCUUUACGACUCGUCGUUAUUUUUUAUUUUUUUAUUUUAAUUCCAUUUUUGUGUCCCCGCCAGCAAGCAGAUAUCUACCAGAGUUUUAGUGAAUCAGCUUGAUCAAAGCCCCAUUGAACCAACAUUUUACACCGUGCCCAUUCUUUGGGCAGCGGCAGGUGGUCCUAGUCGACACGCACCAGCCGCAUCAUGGCCCCGAUAUCGUUGCUCCCCGCCUGGGAGCCAAUAGAGGAAGCAGCCCUCGCCAAGGCCAUCAUCUACGUUUCCAUCUCGGUAUCAUUGACGGCCAUAAUAGUUGUCGGCCUCAGAAUAUGGACGCGAAUAAAAGCAAAAUGUGUCGGCAUCGAGGACUGGCUUAUCUCGGCCGCGCUGCUCGUCGGCCUCAUGCACCAGACCUUGGCUUCGUAUGGAGUGCAUUCAGGCCUUGGUGUGUAUGAUGCUGACAUGCCGAGUCGAGAUGUAGACUUGUACGGUCGCAAGGUUGUAUUCGUCUGGCACUUUGUCUACAUUGUCGGCUGGGUGCUCGUCAAGCUUAGUGUCUGUGCGGCAGUCCUGCGCAUCACCUCCCAUCAACGACGGAGGUACAUCAUCUUUGCCACCAUGGCACUCAGCUUGACGACGGGCAUCGCCUUCGUCGUCGGCCUGCUCGCCCAGUGCUCACCGCUCGAGACUCUGUGGAGCCCGGACAUGUCGGAGGCGGCCGAGUCCCGUCGAAGGCGGGCUGGCCGAGUUGUUGCGGCACUCUUUUACCUCGUUUCGGCUGUCAACAUAGCCUCUGACCUGGUCAUUGCCGUGUUCUCCAUCUUCAUACUCAGGCAUGUGCGUAUGAAGAGGUACAUGAAGAUCUCUGUGGGGGCAGCGCUUUCUCUAGGAGUCUUGGCAUCUGUCGCAACAAUUGCCAGACUUCCGUACAUAUCCACUUACUACAGAGUGGAAAACCAUCAUUCCAUGGCAUACGUCGUCCUAUGGUCAACCGUGGAAUCAGGCGUCUCCAUAAUAGCCGCCUCACUCCCCAUGCUCUUCAAGCUCGCCAGCAGCGCCACAUCCAUGAUCCUGCAAGACAACGGUGUCCAUGUGCCCGGGAGGCAACAAAAUCACGACCGCUUCUCCAGUCGCAGCCCCACGCAGGCGGCAGACCUCAUCACCAUCGGUCGCAUCAGGUCGAAGCGCGGCCCCGCAUACGACAGCUACCUCAGCUUCGCAAUCGUGGAGACGGACGAUCUCCGUCCACCCGACAGGGCUGCGCUGCGGCAGAGCGACGGGAGCCUGCGCUCGUCCUUUGAGACGGGGGCAUCGACCUUGAGUCCGCCCUCGGCCAGGUCGAGCAGUGCCCUGUGCGAGUACUCUAGUGUUGGGAUGGGGGUGUCUGUACAGGGUCCAAUUCGGCCCGCGUCAUCUCGACUCUAAAUCUCUUUUUUUUUUGCUUUUUGCAUCGACUAUCGAAUACGCAAGACGUCACUAAUUGACAGGGGUCAAAACGAUGUCGAACGUCGCCUCCCUGGUUUCUUUCUUUCCAAAUCUUUAUUUUUAUUUUUUUCUCUUUUAUUCUUUCGCAUACCUUGAUACCCCUUUUUUUGAGAUUCGGACUGCAACAGGAGUCUCGAUUUCGAAGUACACUUUUUUUUGUAUCAUCUCAUCCAAUCACAGAUUCUUUUUUUUCCUUUGUGCCGAAGAGGCCAUGGCCUCUAGCUUUUCUCCCAACAUCUCGUCCCGUUGGAUUUUCUUUUGUUGGUCGUUUCCCCAGCCAUGACCACCAGGCACCUUACUUCUACUCCGCCAUUCCUCUGCGUUGUUCAUCUACGCCAUCCUCAUCCCGUCCACCUGGUAAAGGCCGCGAUACAUUAGACUAGAGCUAGACUAGCGCACACGUGUCGCGUCAGGCAUCAGGGCGAAAGAAACAAAAUAAAGAAAGAACCCAGAAGUAAUUGUCUUGGAAGCAUGAUCGGAAUUGUGGCAUCCCGUGUUCAGUUUUCUAGCUUGGAGAAUACGGCGCGGUAAAUUCCGUAGUGCUAAACGUGGCAAAACGUGAUCCUGGAGAUGGAUGGCUCACUUGUCAUUCUAUAUGCUUGGAAGUCUUCAGCCAGCAUAAUCGCCGCGUUUAGUCGUCUGUGCUGUACAUAGGCAUAUUCUCUCUUCACGCCAACACCUUCGCAACAACCUUGAUACCUUUCUUCCACUGCGUUCUCUCCAACAUAAAUGGUCUUCAUCGUGUGAUCUGAUUAGAUAUUUCAACUUAGUAUAUCAAUCAGGGCCCGCAUCUACGUCCACCACCUACAAGCUCGCAAUAACGCAGUGGGAGGAAACACUCAUCACGCUUGUCGUGCUGGAGGUCAACAUCGCCCUUGCCGAAAGCAAGUGCUCACUCGUGCUUGAGUAGGAGGCAAGACAUGGACCGACUUGUAUGUCACGGCAGGCUUGCUUUAUAAGAUAUUCUCACCUCAAGGGAGUUAUGGGAAAAGAAGCGGUUAGCUAAUUGUGUUAACGCGGUAUAUACUAACCUACUUAGUUAACAUAUAAAAUACGAAGUUUGUUUUGGGGCUUGCAUUUUGUAUUCUAACAGUCAGAACAUGUAUGGGC